AUGGGAAGCAAAUCUGUUGUCUCAGUCUGCUUAAUUUUUUCUCUUUGUGCUGUCAUUUUUGUCCGUAGAGGAGUAGCUGAAAUGCAAAAUCCACAGGGGAUUCCAGGAAGUUUUCCACCUGGCUUAGUACCUGUUGAUCUCGUAAAAUGUUGGUCGUCUCUCUUUAACAUCCAAGGAUGUGUGCUUGUAAUCUCGAACUCAUUUCUUUCUGGAAAAUUUGAAAAUAUUGAAGCCGAAUGCUGCAAGGCGUUUUCAAGUAUAGAGGCAAACUGUUGGCCUCAUAUGUUUCCUUUGAAUCCUUUUUUCCCUCCUCUCCUCAAGGAAAAUUGUGUGCAUAUCAUCCCUAACUCCCCUGCACAAAACUGA